AUGGCGGAUCUUUCCUCAAACAAGCGCCUCCGACUCGACUCAGCCGACUCGGAGUCCGACACACCGGAGGUCAAGCGUCUCAAAGACGACCUCCUCGGCCUUCUCGACGACGCCGACCCUGAUCCCGUUGUUCAGGAUCUCGAUUCCGUCAUCCAGAGUUUCGCCGACGAGAUCUCCCCGGUCUCCUCUCCGCCGUCGCUCCCGGCAGCGAUCGACGAGUCCUUGCCGGAGCUCGGGUACCUUCUCGUGGCCUCAGACGAUGAGCUUGGACUCCCUCCGUCUGAGGCCUCCACCAGCCACGGCGGUGAAGCGGAGGCAGCGGAACUGACUCGAGCGUCGUCGGAGUCGUCCGGGAUGGGAGAGAUUUGGGGAUUUGAAGAUGCGAUUCCGAGUUACGAGUCGUUCGAGUUGGGGGAAGGAGGGAGAUUCUAUAACGAUACCGAAUAUGUUGCGUUGGAUGGACUUUUUGAACAUUCCGAUGUGUACUCUGUUUUCUCGUGA